AUGGACGUAUUGCGACCAGAUUUGCAAUUCAUGGCUGCAAGUGAUGGCGACGAGGCACAGCGGCGGCGCUGGUCGCGGCUGGCGCCUGCGCCGGUGCCGCGUCUGCGCGCCUGGAGCCUGACCCGGAUGCGGAAGUGCCUCGGCCUCGCCCGCACCUUUGGGCCCUUCGCGCUGCGCUCCGGCCUGGAGUGGCGCCGCGGCGAGCUGGCGGAGCCCGCGGCGCAGGCGACCCGCGCGGCGGAGCUGCGGAGGCUGCUCGAGGCGGCGGGGCCGACCUUCAUCAAGCUGGGCCAGGCCCUGGCCUCCAGGCCCGACCUGCUCCCGGCGCCCGCGCUGCGCGAGCUGCUGCAGCUCUGCGACCAGUGCCCCGCGUUCGACUGGGAGCUGGCGCGGGCCGUGCUCGCGGAGGGCCUCCGGGCCGAGCCGGGGCAGGUCUUCGGCGGCGUGGGCGGCGCGCCGCGGCCCGUGUCCGCGGCGUCGCUGGGGCAGGUCUACCGUUGGGAGUACGGCGGCCGCGACGUGGCGGUAAAGGUGCAGAGGCCCGACCUGAGGCACGCCGUGUCCCUGGACCUGUACCUGAUCCGUGGGCUCGCCGUGGCGUUGCGGGCCGUCGUGCGGCGCCUGACGCGGCAGCGGACGGACCACGUGAUGCUCGUUGACGUUUGGGCUGCGGGCACGUGGUCUGAGCUCGACUACCUGGCAGAAGGUGGGUCCCAGGAGCAGUUCAAGGAAGCUCUGGAGGCGCUGAUGCCAGGCCGCCUUUACAUUCCAGAAGUAGUCUGGGAGGUGACGUCCAGCAAAGUUCUCGUCACCGAGUGGGUCGAGGGGCCGAAACUCGCCGCCUGCAGCCCAGAGGUUGUCCAGAAGCUGGUGCCUGUCGGUAUCGAGUGCUUCUGCCUCCAGCUGCUGGAGCUCGGAAUAUUCCAUAGCGACCCGCACCCUGGGAACAUCCUCGUGCGGGACGGACAACUGGUGCUCAUCGAUUUCGGCUUGGUUGCGCGAAUCGACAGGCCAGACAUGAACAGGCUUACCUUCAUGACAGUGCACCUCAUUAGCGGCGACUACGUCCGCCUUUUCGACGACCUGGUGGCCUUAGGCUUCUUGCCCUCUGACGCGGACAGAGAGUCGAUAGUGGCGGUGCUGUCCAAAGUUCUCGACCUCACCGUGCAGGCCGGCAGCGACAUGCGAGCCAGGGCCAAGAACUUCAAGACCGUGUCCGACGACCUCAACCAGAUCUUCUUCGAGCUCCCCUUCGAGCUCGCUCUCCUGCUCGGGGCCGCUCUGGCGUGCGGCCGCCCCGGCGCGCCGCCGCUCCUCACCCGCGCCAUCCUCACGCUGGAGGGCAUCGCCAUGGCGGGGGACGAGUCCUUCGACAUCUUCCAGGCGGCCUACCCCUUCGCGCUGAGGCAGGCCCGCGGCCUGCUCCUCCGCGGCGACGCGGCCGCCUCCGCUGGCCUGGUGGCCGGCGCCCUGGCGCUGGCCUCCGCGACCGGCGCCGAGGCCGCCGCGGCCGCCGCGCCGUAG